CAUCGUGGCUUUGCUUCUGUCAGGCUUGGUAGAGGGCAAGCGGUGGGAUCAGCCAUGACUAGCAGAUCGCCGAACACAAACUGUAUAGAGCGGCCCUGGCUGCCAUCUUGGUUGUGGCAGGCGUGAUUAAUGGAUAGCCGAGCCAUGCUGCUGGUUGUGCUCCUCGGCUUUCUGACUAAUGGGGUUCAGGGGGACUCCCGCUGGACCCAGUACUUGGAUCGCAUACAGAGAGCGCUGACCUAUCACAGCCCAUGUGACAGUCACAAUGAGACCUGCUACUACAGAGUGCUCCAGCAGGACCUGGCACCGUUUAGCUCUGGGAUCUCUAGGGACUUGAUGACCAAUAUUUUGAGCCGUAAGCUUGGAACCCACUACCAAAUCAUUAGCCACCGCCUGUACCGAGAGGAAGAGUGCAUGUUCCCCGCUCGGUGCAGCGGAGUGGAGCACUUUCUGCUGCAGCUUCUGCCACACCUUCCGGACAUGGAGUUAGUGAUUAAUGUGAGAGAUUAUCCACAGGUCCCCCGGUGGAUGACACCCACCAUUCCCAUUUUUUCCUUUAGUAAGACUUCCGAUUAUCAGGAUAUUUUGUACCCUGCGUGGACAUUUUGGGAAGGAGGGCCUGCUGUAUGGCCAAUUUACCCCACUGGGCUGGGGCGCUGGGACCUUAUGAGAGAACAACUGAGUUUGACAGCGAACCUUUGGCCCUGGGAUAAGAAAAUUCCAAAAGGUUAUUUCAGAGGAUCCAGGACCAGUCCCGAGCGAGACCCGCUGAUACUCCUGUCCAGAGAGAGCCCUGAGCUGGUGGAUGCAGAGUAUACAAAGAAUCAAGCAUGGAGAUCGGAGAAGGAUACCCUCGGAAGGCCUCCAGCUAAAGAGGUCCCACUGGUGGAUCACUGUGAGUUUAAGUAUUUGUUUAAUUUCCGUGGUGUGGCAGCCAGUUUCCGCUUGAAGCAUCUCUUCCUUUGUGGGUCUCUGGUCUUCCACGUGGGCAAAGAAUGGCAGGAAUUCUUCUACCAUCGCCUGGAGCCAUGGGUGCACUAUAUUCCAAUCAGCCAGGACCUGAGUGAUGUAAGGGAACUUCUGCACUUUGUGUCUGAGAAUGAUGAUGAAGCCAAGAAAAUUGCUGAAAGAGGACGCGUCUUUAUCACUGAGCAUCUGCGCAUGGAGGAUGUUUCUGGUUAUUGGCGUUCCCUGCUCACAGAGUAUGCCAACCUGCUGCAAUACAGAGUGCGGCGCAGGAAGGAUUACAGGGAGCUGACCCCAAGGCCCAGUCACAGUGAAUUAUGACCUCGGCAUUUAAUAUCCCCCCGGACUACCUGCAGUAUAUUCUAGUAGAAUGGAUUCUGCCUGUAACACUAACCGGACCUCUUAUUUCCCGCGGCGGUGCCCGUCCAAUGUGCAAGGAUUCUAUUACUCAUGUGCCGCGUUUGGGUGGACUUUUCCAGCACUAACCGUUGGUUUCCAAUGCAAUCAGACUCAUACUAUUGUCUCCAGUACUGUACUCCCCUCUACAUUGGACAAAAUGUAUUUUUUACACUAAAAUAAUUAAAAGUAAACUUUUUAUAUGAA